AUAUGUGCCAAAAUAGAGAGAAUUGAAAAAGCUUGGUGUAACCUGGAUGUACAAGAUCCAAAGGGAAACAUUUUGUGGGAUCUUUACACCCAAAGCUUUCUUCCUUCUGGGUUAGCCUGAAGAUCAUUAUAAUGUCCCGAGCUGUGUUCUUGACUGUCUGUUCCCAUCACUUGCUUUGACUUUGAUUGUUCCUACCUUCCAGGUUUUAUCUUUGAAGGUCCCUGCUCCAUUCUGAUUGCUUUUAUCCUUGAUUGUUCUUUCCCACUCCUGAUGUCUUAAUUUAUCCUCAAGCCAUCCCUUGUGUGAGUUAGAAUGCACUCAUAAUAACUGCUUUUAGCUCAUCUGCCUUUUCUAAGUUCAACUUGCAUGCCAUGGAGAUGAGAUGUACAAGUAGACACCACCCAAGAAUCCAACAACAAGUGACAUUUUGGAAAGUGAGAUGGGGACUAAAGCAGGAAGUCAAUUUCUUCGGCAGCUGGCAGUGGGAAUCCAAAGUCUGAAAGCUUCUGGCCUGGCCUUGCUCCUGGCAGUUUCAUUUAUCUCUCUCUCCUGUUGUGCUCCCCAGAGACUUUUUGAAAGAAGAAACUGGACUCCUCAAGCUAUCCUCUACCUUAAGGGAACUCAAGGCCGUCAAUUCAUUUCAGAGGAGAACCAGAGGAAAGAUCUCUACAACAGACUACAGCUGGCGCCGCCAAAGCCUAAACCCAAUACCUAUUUCUGAAGCUGUCACCAUGUUCUUUGAGUUCCUGCAGAAACCACCAGAAGAAGGUA